GAAUAUUUUAAUGAUUAUGAAAAUAAAAUUCUCCUAUUGGGCCUAAACUGUUUGGGUUAAAAGCCACGGCUCUAUUAGCAGCUUCAUCUGGGAGAGAAACAGUUAAACUGAUAAACUGAAUGAGCAUGUAAAGCAGAAAACACUUAGUGAGCAGUAAAAGGACCCAGAACAACCUGCUGAUUGGUUUCACUGUUAAACCGCUGAAAAGAAGCAGCAUCUUCCUCUGAUUAUCCAAUCAGCAUCUUCCUCUGAUUGUCCAAUCAGCAUCUUCCUCUGAUUGUCCAAUCAGCAUCUUCCCCUGAUUAUCCAAUCAGCAGCCUCCUCUUCUCUGUGGGCUGCAGGGGCUGAUGGGAGCUUUGGUUCCUCUGCUAGAAACCACGUGGCCCUGGUCUGAUCUCUCAGCUCGUCCUUGUUUGGCCUCAGCUGCAUCAGAGCGCCACUUCUCCCCAGGUUCACCAGAGGAAACUCCACUGCACACAAUGCUUUUCCUCCCAGCUGCUGCUCUGUGCUGGCUGGGUUCAGCGCUGGCUGCCAUGGCAACACACCUGGUUCAGGAUUUAACUCUGACCAGGAGAACCGGGCAGAGCGUCUCCUUCAGCUGUGGAGGAACUGGGCAGUGUGGUAGUGGUUAUAUCUACUGGUACCAGAAGAAAGAAACAGAAACAUUCAGAGUUAUUCUCUAUAUCUACAGUGGUGGAACAGAAAAACCUUACAAUCAUCCUCAGCAAGAUGAUUUCUCAGCUGAGAGAGAUGAGAACAAUUGUUUGUUGAAAAUUGACAAAGUUAAACUGGAUCAUUCAGCCUCCUACUACUGCAGCUGUUGGAAGUCUGGUUCCCACAGUGAGAAAUGCUGCUGCAUCAUCUGGACCGGUUCCCCUCAGCCGACCCGUUCAGCAGCAGACCGGUUUCUGUGGAGGAUACUGGUACCGUUUGGUUCUGGAACCAGACUGGAUGUUACAAGUGAUCCGGUAGUGAAGCCCAUGGUGAGCGUGUACCCAGCAGCAUCCAGCGCCCGGCGGGGCAGGAGGGGCUUCCUGCUGUGUCUGGCCUCAGGCAUGUUUCCUCCUGAGGUCAAGUUCUCCUGGAAAACACUGGAGGACGAUGGAGAGAAAGAUCUGACCUCUGGAGAGCAGCUGGAGCUCAGAGAGCCGAACCGCACCGCCUCCAUCUUACUGGUGGAUCGGGAUCUUCUCAGCACAUCUAGAUACCGCUGCUCUGUGCAGCAUGAGGGGGGCCCAGUGGAGGCCCCUACAACACAAGAGGUUUGUCCCUGGAUCCUGAUGAUCCUGAACCGGGUGAAGCUGCUCUGCCUGCUCUACUCAGUGCUGAUAGUGAAGAGUCUGGUGUACUGCAGUGGCCUCUCUCUGCUGAUGGUCCUCAGGAACAAGGGCCCGGCCCCCAGCUGCAGCUUCUCCUGCUUCAUCGCUGCUGAGUGAUUUUUAAGGGUUUUCUGACUCCAGUGGCCUUGAUUCACAGGUGUGGUGAUGGUGUAGGAGUAAAAUGUGUAACUGAUCAACGUAGGCCUCAGUUCUCGACGCUGCCUGUUCACCUGAGCUGCAUAUCUUUUCCCCUCUCAUAACUCACUUUCCUGUCAGAUCACUGCUGAUUUAUUGUUUUAAAGCUUCUUUACAUUUAAGUCAAACAUUAAGAGAAUCUUUUUAUUCCAGUUUUUCAGAUUUAUGUUAAUGAUUUCCAUCCAGAUGAUGAUUUGUUCCUGUCAGUCUGUGAUGUUAUAAUUUUAUAGAUUGAUUUAGAUCUUUUCUGAUUUUUUUCUUUCUGCUUCUUAUUUGAUCCUUUGUUGUUAACAGUUUUGUCUUUAUUUCAUAGUAAGAACUUUGUGUAAAAUCCCUGAUGUUUUU